AGUUUAAAAGGGUUCCUGCAUUUGUCCACGCACUACAGCAACUCUUUAUAUCUAAACACAUCAACGCAUACACAUACACGCACGCAUAGGGCCGCCAUGGCGACCCAAUCGCCAUCAACUGGAUCAUUGGCAUCGUCCAUGAAAGCAACAGAAGCCGUGGAUAGCGAGGCACUGAGGGUGAAGCCGCAAACAGGUCACUUUAGCCUGGUCUUCAACCCCUCGGGCAUCAAUGACGAGACGCUCAACCACCCUUACUGGGGAGACGGCACCGAGGAGUCUCCCUUCGUCGUCGACUUCUUGCCCGUUGACGCCUACAACCCUGCUACGUACCCGAGAUGGAAGAAGUGGAGCAUCACGGUUCUGCACGCCUUCGCGACCCUGGCAGUUGCGUUUGUGAGCUCGGCGUAUUCUGGCGGCGCGGCCGAGAUCAUCAAGGACUUUCACGUCUCGGUGACUGUUGCCAUCCUCGGUAUAAGCUUGUUCGUCGUCGGCUUUGCUGUGGGGCCGUUGAUAUGGGCGCCCCUGUCUGAGUCCUUUGGCAGACAAAUACUCUUUUUCGGCACCUAUGCGGCGCUGACGGCCUUCAACGCCGGCGCCAUCGCCGCGCCGGACAUGACGGCCCUCGUGGUGCUGCGCUUCUUCGCCGGCGCCUUUGGCUCGUCGCCCCUGACAAACUCGGGCGGCGUCAUUGCCGACAUGUUCUCGGCCGAGGAGCGCGGCAUGGCCACGGCCAUCUUCGCCGCGGCGCCGUUCCUCGGACCCAGCCUGGGCCCCAUCGCCGGCGGCUUCCUCGGCGAGGCGGCCGGCUGGCGCUGGAUUAUGGCCCUCAUGGCUAUCUUCACCGGCGUCAUGUGGAUCAUUGUCUCGCUGCUGGUGCCCGAGACUUAUGCCCCCGUGCUGCUGCGCAAGCGGGCGGCCAAGUUGACCAAGUUGACGGGCAAGCUGCACAUCUCCAAAAUGGACAGCAUCCAGGGCCGCCAGACCAUUGGCGCGCGGUUCCGCACCUCCAUGUCCAGACCCUGGGUUCUCCUGUUCCGCGAGCCCAUCGUGCUGCUCAUCUCCGUCUACAUGGCCAUCGUGUACGGCACCAUGUACAUGAUGUUCCCGGCCUUCCCCAUUGUCUUCCAGCAGGGUAAGGGAUGGAGCCCCGGAAUCGGCGGUCUUGCUUUCAUCGGCAUCACCGUGGGCAUGAUAGUCUCGGUUUCGUUCGCAAUCUACGACAACAAGCGGUACAUGGCCGUAGUCAAGGCUCACAACGGUAUGGCCCCGCCCGAGGCUAGACUUCCUCCCGCCAUCUUCGGGUCGGUUUUGCUGCCCAUUGGCCUGUUCUGGUUCGCGUGGACCAACGGAAACGAUGUUCAUUGGGUUGUACCCAUCAUUGGAUCGGGAUUCUUUGCUGCCGGUAUUGUGUUGGUGUUUUUGUCUCUGCUGAGUUAUCUCAUCGACUCGUACGUCAUCUUUGCCGCGUCGGUCCUUGCCGCCAACUCGGUGCUACGUUCACUCUUCGGCGCCGCCUUCCCGCUCUUCACGAGCUACAUGUACCGGGACCUGGGCAUCCACUGGGCCUCGUCGGUGCCGGCCUUUUUGGCGCUGGUGUGCGUCCCCUUCCCGUUCCUCUUCUACAAGUAUGGCGAGAAGAUUCGGCUGCGGUGCAAGUACGCGGCCGAGGCGGCAGACGUACUGAAGCGCAUGCGCGAGGGCAACGCCGAGGUGACCGAGAACGAGGCCAUUGCCGAGGCCGACGAGCUCGAGAGACAGAACACGCUCGAGCGCGAAAAGACUCACGAGAGGCGGCGGUCGUCGCUGCUGGGCUCGUUGAGCAGGGUAGGCACGGGUCGCGCUUCCGGCUUGCCGGUCGUCGACGCCGGUGCCGAGAGUAGUGCCUACGCGGUGUCUGAGAAGGAGGUGAACGCCAAGGCGUAA